AAAUGGAGUUUGCCAAAAUAGAAAGCCUUGUAUAACGAUUAAAACUCCACGCGCAGGAGAACGAACAGCACGUACCUUAGAAACUGCAAACAGAAAGAAAAUCUAUUGUUAAUACAGCGAUUACGCCUGAGGGGGACAUAUAUGCGUUCAGCUUCUUUUUGUGGAUCUUGAUUUGAUUCUAAAAUUGUAAUUUGAGAGAUGAAUCCGAAAGGUUUGAUUUAUAGCUUCGUGGCGAAGGGUACGAUUGUAUUAGCAGAGCACACGUCCUAUUCGGGGAAUUUUAGUACCAUUGCUGUUCAGUGUUUACAGAAACUUCCCUCAAAUAGCAGCAAGUAUACAUACUCAUGUGAUGGGCACACGUUUAACUUUCUUAUUGACAGCGGAUUUGUUUUUCUUGUUGUUGCGGAUGAAUCAACCGGGAGAAGUGUGCCAUUUGUGUUUCUUGAGCGAGUGAAAGAUGAUUUUAAACAGCGUUAUGGUUCCAGUAUUAAUAACGAAGAACACCCACUUGCUGAUGAUGACGACGACGAUGACUUGUUUGAGAACAGAUUUAGCAUUGCCUACAAUCUUGAUAGAGAGUUCGGUCCAAGGCUUAAUGAACACAUGCAAUACUGUAUGAACCACCCUGAAGAAAUGAGCAAGUUAUCCAAGCUAAAAGCCCAAAUAACAGAGGUCAAGGGAAUCAUGAUGGACAACAUUGAAAAGGUUUUGGAUCGUGGUGAGAGGAUUGAACUUCUUGUAGAUAAAACAGAGAAUCUGCAGUUCCAGGCUGACAGCUUUCAGAGGCAAGGAAGACAACUGAGACGUAAGAUGUGGCUGCAGAAUCUCCAAAUGAAAUUGAUGAUAGCAGCAGCAGUCCUUAUCGUCAUUCUCAUACUCUGGCUUCUUGUUUGUCGAGGAUUCAAAUGUUAGUGAGUAAAAUUUGGUGGUAUACACUUGUUUAUUUUUCCUUUUUAGUAUUUUGUUGUACACAACAAAGGCACGUUCUGCGUUCUAUACUGUAACUGCGCCUUUAUAUACUAUCAGAGAGUGGUGUUUAUAUUAGUAUCUUUUCUUAA